CUUACAUAUCCCUUCUGUUUUGAUUCUUAUGCUUCCGCCCCCCAACUGGACGUGAGUCUGGCGUCAGCAUCGUCGCCCAUUCCGCUGAAGCUGGUAUAGCCACUCACCUCUCAACUCUUCCCGUAUCGACUCCCACGGCCACGAGGUGAUGGUGCGGGUCAAGGACGGCCAAAAGCCCAGGGCUCGCUGGAGCCCGGACGAAAGCUACGACCGCCACAAGCGGCCUCGAUGGCGACCAUUGCUGCUCCUGGCUGCGGUCGUCGUCGCCGUCGGUGUUGCCUUCAAAGAUGACCUUCACAGACCACACUUAUACCUGCUGCCUCUCAUCCCGUCUUCGCUUCUCUCAUUGGAUCAGCGUGUUGCCAGGAUCAUGGCCGUGACUCCGCUGAUGGACGGACAUGAUGAUUUGGCGUGGAGCGUCCGCUGGCACUUCCGCAACCAUAUCUACGACCAAGACUUCCGGUCCAAGUUCGAGGGCGGCGGCAUGCCGGACCAUUUCGACCUGGCCCGGCUGAAGCAGGGCCGGCAAGGCGGGCUCUUCUGGAGCUGCUUCAUCGACUGUCCCGCCGACGGGUUCGACUUUUCCAAUGCAAACUACGCUUCCACUGUCGUUCUGGCGCUUUCGCAGAUGGACCUCAUACAUCGCCUGCAGGCCGCCUACGCCGACGUCUUCUCUCCAGCCACGCUCGACAGUACCGCGGCCCUGACGGCCUUCAGGCGCCAUGGGAAGUUGCUCUCCCCGAUCGGGCUUGAAGGGCUCCAUAUGAUCGGGAGGAAUGCAUCGAUGCUCCGCCUCUACCACCAGCUAGGAGCGAGAUAUGUCACGUUGACCCAUAAUUGCCACAACGCCUUUGCAGACGCCGCGCAGCUUGCGGCUCAUGACGACCCCCAUGGCCUGGACGCUGCUAUCCCUGCAGCACCACACUGGGGCGGCCUGAGUCCUCUGGGCACUCAGCUCAUCCGUGAGAUGAACCGUCUGGGCAUGAUCGUCGAUCUGGCCCACGUCCACCCGGCGACCAUGCACGACGUGCUCGCGGGCAACCAGACCAAGUCGUUCCCCGGCAGCCGGGCGCCCGUCAUCUUCUCGCACUCGUCGGCGCACGCGCUGUGUCCUCACCCGCGCAACGUGCCGGACCACAUCCUCCCGCUGGUCCAGCAGACCGACUCGGUCGUCAUGGUGACGUUUGUGCCGGGCUUCAUCUCCUGCGUCAACUCGACCACCCCGGGCACCAUCCCGACGUUCUACCCGGCCAACUCCACGCUGGAUUGGGUCGCGGAUCACAUCAUGUACAUCGGCGGCAAGAUCGGCUUCGAGCACGUGGGGAUCGGGAGCGACUUUGACGGGACGCCCACCACCCCCCGCGGCUUGGAGGACGUGAGCAAGUUUCCCGACCUGUUGAAGGAGCUCUUGAAGCGCGGUCUGAGCGACAGGCAAGUCGAGGGGAUUACGGGAGGCAAUCUCCUGCGCGUGUGGAAGAGGGUGGAGGAGGUGGGCAGGGAGAUGCAGCGGGAGGGUGUCACGCCCAUGGAAGACGACAUCUAAUCCUCAAAUUAGAGGGUGGAUGAGACAACAGAGGUUCAGGCUGGGACUCGGAUUCAAGCCUGCCUGUGGGCUCACCCUGCAAGAGCAACUCGUGCGUGAACGAUUCCGUCUCAGUAAUCGAGAGCACUUCUGGACAGACUUGGAACUUGGAUUUGCACAGACUAGACAUGAGAGGUCCUUGACAAAUGAAGGACAAUACGGAUAAUAACCCCAACUGAAUCAAACCUUCAC